GGGAGGGACCUGCCUGUGUUUUCUUGUUUGAUGAGAGAGAAACGCCAUUAAAGAAAGCUUGAGCAAGAUCAGAUGAGCUGCAAUGGCUGCCGUGUUCUAAGAAAGGGUUGCAGCGAAAGCUGCAUGCUUCGUUCUUGCCUUCAAUGGAUAGAAGGAACAGAGGCUCAAGGCCACGCCACUGUCUUUGUGGCCAAGUUCUUUGGACGAGCAGGUCUUAUGUCCUUCAUCUCAGCCGUUGUAGAAAACCAAAGACCUGAUCUUUUCCGGUCACUUUUAUACGAAGCUUGCGGUCGAACAGUGGACCCUGUUAAUGGAGCGGUUGGGCUCUUAUGGAGUGGAAACUGGCACAUUUGUGAAGCUGCAGUCCAAUCUGUUCUUCGAGGUGAUCGAAUAAUCUCCGAUUUGGAUUCUCAGGCCAAAAAGAAAAGGUCAGAGAGCCCUUCUUCUUUUGUUGUUGAAGGAAUAUAGGGUUCAGUGUUGAGUCUUGACGAAACUGUAAUAGAGCAUAAGCUUUUGAAAUUGUUCUUCUAGGGUUUGAUCGCUGAUCGAGCUCUCGCUCUUGCUGUAAAUGAUUUUUUGUGGUUUCCCACUGAUCAAUCCAUUUUGAAAUUGAUCCGCUGGUC